UAUUAUCUAUAAGACACGAAUGCGUCAGAAGACAUAGAGGGCUAUAGGUUACAUCUUCCAUGCUGACACACGAGAGUUAAGGAAGAGAGAGACAGCACGCGCCUGUGCGUGUCAACGACAGAGAGAGAGAGAGAGGUGGGGAGGAAGCUGGCCACCAGUUUGAUGCAGGCGGUCAGACCGGAGAGAUUCGCGACCAAAUGAACGUGGACUACCAAUCAGAGACGCCAAAUACUCAACCCGAUGAGACAAGUUUAAGCCAUCGCUGAGUGCUCAACCAACGUGAAGAUUUGUGUGUCUGUGACGUUAUAGUUAAGUGUAUGUGUGAACAUAUCUGAAAACAUUCAUGUGAGUGUGUGGAGUAACUUGAGUGUGAGUGGGGUGUGUUAUGAUGGUGUUCAACAUGUCUGAAGAGGAUGUGAUUAAUUGCACAAUCAGCCAUGAAAUCCACCAGUACCUCUUCUCCAGUGUGUAUAUCCUCGUACUAUUGAUUGGCGUUCCCUCCAACCUGUACUCUUUGUACCACGCUGCUCUGCAGCUGAAGCAGAAGAAUGAGCUGGGAAUUUAUUUAUUGAACCUCACUGUGUCUGAUCUGCUAUACCUGGCGUCAUUACCACUGUGGCUACAGUACAUCUUUCAGGAUGAUGACUGGCGUCACAGGGAAUGGUUGUGUCAACUGUGUGGCUUCCUGCUCUAUGAGAACAUCUACAUCAGCAUUGGUUUCCUGUGCUGUAUCAGUCUGGAUCGCUACCUAGCUGUGGUCCAUCCGUUACGGUUCACCUCUCUCCGCUCUAUGACUGCUGCAUGGCUCGUUAGCGCCAUCAUCUGGCUGAAAGAAAUCGCUGUGGGCAUAGUUUUCUUCCGCCAUAAAGAACUGAGCCAAAACCACAAGAACCAAUCAGUGUGCUUCGAGCACUACCCCAUGAAGCCGUGGGAGUAUCCAAUCAACUACUACCGCUUCACUAUUGGUUUCAUGUUCCCACUGGCCAUUCUAUCGAUCAGCUACCUGUGUGUCCUUCGUGCCGUGGGUCGGAGCACUGGCACACAGCCGGAUCAGAAGAUGAGGAUAAGGCAGUUAGUCAGCAGCACCAUUCUCAUAUUCCUCUUCUGCUUCUCCCCCUACCACAUCUUCCUGUUAGUACGCACCCUGCUGGAGAAGGACUGCAACUUUAUCGCAGGAAUAUUUAACUACUACCACUUGUCGCUGUUGUUGACCACCCUGAACUGCGUGGCUGACCCCGCUCUCUACUGCUUCGUAAGUGAAAGUGCCCGCCGCGGCCUGUACAGAGCCAUAUUUCGGCCUGUUAACAGGAUGCUCUGCUGCUGCUGUCGCCGCGGCAAUGCCAGCCCCAGCAACCCAGCCACUGAUUCCAACGAGGUCGCCACCGACGAGAACAAUGGCCAUCCAACCGUGAUGCUGCUCACACACACCAGCACACUCAACAACUUAAAAACAGACACUUCCAGCACCAACACAAUUUUAAUCACACAGACUGAUGAAAAACAUAUCAAACCCAUAAUUGUCCAAAAUAACAGACAUUCACUGCAUCUCAAGUGCGCAGACAGCGACAGAAAACCCAGCUGUGUGAUAGUCCUAGAAGAGCAGAGCCAGAAGACAGAGAGGACUGAAGAGACUGACAAGAACACCAGCUAAAAUUAUCCAAGGAGCAGUCAGGAAGCAUGCAAGUGCAGAGCAGUGGGAUUAAGAGGACAAGGCCUUUUCUCCGACUAAGCUGGAGAAUGCACAAGAGAGCGACCAGUAGUCCAAUUUAGUCCGUUCUGGUUCAAGGAAAUCAUGAAGAAAGUUCAGUAUGUGUGUCACCACUGAUCCUCUGACGUCAGGUUUCAUCCAGUUGAGAAUAUUACUGUACAGUUUGUCAUAGAGGGUGACCAGGGCCUGUAGGACUCCAUUCAUCUUGUCACUGGUGCCUAACUUCUAUAUCCAGUAGGCUACUUCAUCAUACUUCAUGAAGUCCAAUACCAGUGAAAAGUGACUCCUGGCAGGUUGAUUUGGGGCUUGAUAAUCUCUGAUUGGUCAAGGUGCAGCACUGAAUUGGAACUAUUUCUAUUCAACAUGGCAUUGCGAACUUACACAUUAUGCUUUGUUUCACUGUUAUUUAAAUUUGAGCAGCUAGCUCGGGCUCAUUCCUGUUCUGCUAUUAGAAAAUGGGUACCAUUGUUCUUUUAAAGGGGCUGUAUGUAGUUUUUGAAUGAAAUCACUUAUCAAUUAAUCACUGUUUUAUUACCUACUUGUGAACGGGUUGUAACUUCACCACAGGCCUGCUUUCUUGGUGGCUUGGAACAGCUAUGGUCUGUAUCCUAUGUGAAGAAAUUGGUUCAGAUUUCCUGAAUGUGUGCUCCUGAGACUCUGGCCUCCUGAUUCUGAACUGUACACACAGCAUCAACACUGCAGCUAGCGAAAUGGGCCUCCGUUUUGUUAGCUGCAGUGUUGCUAACACCAUAAAACGGCUGUAAGGAUAAAAAAAAACAUUUUAUGUACUGAAGCCCUACAGGCCAAACAGGAAUCAGAUUGACAUCGGGUGAAAACACAAGUCAACAUUAGCACAUGCGCAGGAACACUUGUGCAGGAGCACACAUGCUGGAAACGUAGUGGUUACAAUCUGAAAUGUCACCGCUAGAGGCCCUUAAAAACUACACGUAGCCCCUUUAAAAAGAUGUCUGUGAACUCAUUUGGACAUUAUGCAGUCUAAAAUGUGACUAUUAAAUUUGGGACACAUUCAUCUUGUAAUUGCACUGUUAGAAGAUGACUGUAGACAGAAACCCUUUAAUAUCAAGAUAUCUCUUUAUUUGAAAACUCUUUCUGCCAUACAAACUAGAAAAAUAUUGAUGCACAAGCACAGCGCAUUCUCCACAGAAAAAAAAUUAAACACCAUUUUGUGUAGUAAUAAUAAAAAAAUGUCGUAGUUAUGAGAUAAGAUGUCAUAAUUAUGAUAUUCUGAUCUCGUAAUUAUGAGAUCCCAACUUCUUUUCUCGUAAUUAUGAGAAAAAUUAAGGAAGCCUAGUUAUUAUCAGUUUCUGCUUUUAAUCUGCUUUUAUUUCCUUAUCUGUAUGAGACACUUUUUCUGUAGUGUAGGUCAGCGAUGACUGAUGCCUAACUAUAGUUAGUCUCUCACACCAACGGCAUGUGUCUUAUCCACUGGACCAUCGCCAAACCUUCAUGUCCUGGGGGCAGGGGAUCACUGAUUUUAUGCAUCAUUUGCCUGUACCUUAAGCUUGUUAAAGGUACAGUUAUGUACCCUUUGCUGUCAGCAAUGAUUCUGUACCUUUAAAAAUAAACAAAAGUCCACGGUAAACACCUCAAAGACCAUUUCUGUACCUUAUAGGGUACUUUUUUGACAAAUGUACCUUAAGGGAACAGAAAUGAUACCCCCAUUUCUCUGUGUGUAGGCUUCCUUAACUUUUCUCAUAAUUACGAGAUCCUGUAAUUAUGAGACAAGUUAAGGAGGCAGUAAGCAGUAAGGAAAAAUACGAGAUCCUGAUCAUGUAAUUAUUACAUAUUUUCUCAUACUUACAAGUUAAGGUGUCUACAUUUUUUUUCUUUGGUGAAUGCAAUGCGCUUACAUUGAAAAACAACUCCAUGGCUUAUAUAAUAUGUUUUCCCUGUGAGAUAAUACACUGCUCAAAAAAAUAAAGGGAACACUUAAACAACACAAUGUAACUCCAAGUCAGUCACACUCAACAAACUGUCCACUUGGGAAGCAACACUGAUUGACAAUCAGUUUCACAUGCUGUU